AAGCUCGCCAGAAACAAAAAACAAAUACAUGGUUUUAUACUUCGUCGCUCGCAACUCUGCAACAAAGCUCGCUUGUAUCUUUUAGUCUCUGGUAUCUCUGCAGCUUUUGGAUCCAUAAGAUGGGCAAAAAGAGUAAAUCAAAAACUCCCAGAGAGAUGCAAGAUAAUACAUCUACUGUAGAAGAGGAAAAAGCCUCAUCUUCGGCCAAAAAACCUACUUCUGAGAUUGAUGAAGUAUUCGCAGGGAAAAAGAGGAAGGGACCUGAAACUGAAAAGGCUAAAAAACCAGUUGAAGAUGGGAUUGAAAAACCAUCAUCUUCAGCCAAAAAGCGAACUUCUGAGAUCGAUGAAAUAUUCGCAGGGAAGAAGAGGAAGAAACCUGAAACCGAAAAGUCUAAAAAGCCUAAAAAUCCAAAUGGAGAUGGGAUAGAAAACCCCAACAAGCUGAAUAAAAAGAAGAAAGACAAAAGGAUUAGAGAUGAUGGAUUUGGGGACCUGCCUUCUAAACCGAAAAAGAGAACGCAGGAUGGCUUUGCUAUCUACACAGAAGAAGAGUUGGGAAUUAAUAAGGCAGAUGCUGGAAGCACCCCGCUUUGUCCAUUUGAUUGUUCUUGUUGCUUCUAAAUACCUGCGAAUUCAUGACAUUUCCCAGUCAUAAAAAAAUUUGGUUCUGGUUCGGGUUUUGGUUUUUGCAAUUUGAGGAUAGCUGAGUGUAUUUUUCGGCUUUUCUUAUGUACAACAGAACCUGAUUAAAUGAAUUUGAUCUUUCUU